CAGAGUCCAACAACAUGGUUUGCAAAACGUCACUAUAACAUACUAACUUUACUUUUUUUCACUACUUGAUCCAAGCAUUGGUCUUGCCAAGCAAUGGGACCAUGCGGAAAGCCUUACUCCAGGGACAUCCGUCAAUCCCGUCUACACCUUCUUUGGAUGGUGCCUCUGAUGAUGAAUCUUCUGAAGGCCCCUACGACACCGACCGCAAAAAGGACCUGUCCUCUUUCAUCCUGCGGACCAUCGAUGAUGUUGCCGGCGCAGUUUCCAGUGUGGGACAGGCAGUGCGGAACUGCAGAAACCACUGUAAAGAAGUUGGGUUCAACAGGCUCAAUAGCCAAACGCUUGCAUUUGUCAAGAAGUCCAAAAUCAAUGCUGCUCGCAACUUCUUCAGCUUCUGCCAUGUGCCAGUCGAGACUGCAACAAUUCGAGCUCCGGUCAGGGAUCGCAAGAGCAGAAAGGGGUUCAAGUGGAUGAACAUUGAGAUGUUGGAGCCGUACAGUGUCAUUCAAUACUUGUGGUGCACUGUUGGACUAGAGAUAGACGAUGCCCAACUUCACAAUUUCUGGGCGGAACACCGCGCUCGGGGCACUCCGUGGGCUGUUGCUACCGAGACAGACUUCAUUCCGUUGGCGUUGUACGGGGAUGGUUGUCGUAUCCGUCAGGUUUCUCUUCAACCAGUGCAGAAAGCAAUUGGCAUUUUUCUUAGCUGCCCGCUUUACCGGCCCAAGGGUGCAAGGGCAUGCAGGUGGUUGUUAUGCACGCUCGAUGAGAACUUACUUUACAAGGAGGUCACCUUGAACAAAAUAUUCGCCAGGAUAGUCUGGAGCUUGAACCUUUUGUGGGAAGAUCGCUUUCCUGCCUGCGAUCCUUUUGGUCAGCCUGUGCCUGAAAGGUUCCGUGCCCGGAUUGGUACGCCAAUUACCGGGAAGCGUUUCCAGGUGGUCGAGUUCCGCGGAGAUUGGGUUUGGCAGAAGCAAGUUUUUCGAUUCAAUUCAACGUGGCUUGCUGGUGCUCGAAAGCCGGUUUGCUUUGCUUGUCCGGCAUACAGGACUGGACAAUGCAGAUACACCGACGUCACGGAGUCAAGUCCACUGUGGGAUAGGCAGUACACCUAUCUAGAGUUCCUGAAUCGCGAGAUGCCUGCAAGCGGGCUGAGCCCGGUGCUCCUGUUGCGGGGAUUCCACCACUCUUGUCUGGCUUUGUGCUCCAUGCACAUCAUCAACCUUGGCUUGAUGUAUGGUGUGAACGGAAGCUGUUUGAUGACAAUCUUGGAGAGCACUGAAAUGUUUGGACGCUAUGGUGAAAUUUCUCUUCAGGAGCAAAUGGAUUUGGCGUACCAGGACUUCAAGCAAUUCUUGAGGGCUUCAUCCAUUCCGUGCAGUCAACCUGCAUUCACGGUCAAAUUGGUGGUCAAGAAGAACGGUGAAGUCCUCAUGACAGGAAAGGCAUACAACAAUCGAUGCAUCCAGCUUUGGCUGGAGAAAGUGAUGCGCUCUGCUGCUGGAGACUACCUGCAUGCGGAUGAGCGUAUUGGCAAUAUGUCAGUUUGCAUGACGGCUCUGGCAAGAUUUAUGCACUUGAUUGAGGCUUCCCCUCGGUUUUUGUCUGUGGAGCAGGCGGCGGCCAUCCAUCGAGAAGGAAUGCUAUUUGCACGGCUCCAUGUUCUGCUGAAUCACCAAAGUGCCAGUCUUGGAAAGCCCCAUUUCAUCAUCCGCCCUAAGCUCCAUGCAUUUGGACACCUACUCCUUCAGAUUCGCAAAAACCGAUGCAAUUUUCGCUACUGGCACACGUUCGUGGAUGAAGACAACAUGGGAUGGAUGCGCAGAACCAUACUUAGAGCGCACGCUCUGCACCAGAGAUCGUGGGCUUUGCGGAUGUCGAAGCUUCGUUUGUGGACCCUCAAAUACAAAGUGAAGAAGCUUGGAAAAACUUCAACGGAGAGGAUGUGAUCGGAUGUGAUGGUCGUUGAUACCGUCCAAGAUCGUGCAACAACUCGAGCAGAGAAACAAGCGUGACCGAGCGUGGUCGGCCGUGGUCAGCGAAAGACUAAGAAAACAUUAGUC